GAGAGAGAGACUUGCGAUUCUUAUGGAUUCAAUUGAACAUUCAGACUUUGCCAAACGAAAGUUUCUUGCAAAGGGAGUCGGAGACGCAGCUACGAAAGAGUACAUUGCAAACAAGUACCUAAGUUCUGGAACAGAUGAAAAUAAAAAGAAAAAGAAGAGAAAGAUAGGCGCCAAGAAGAUUCGCAGAGGAAAUAUUGGAAUUGUAGAUGAAGAAGAGUUUGGAUGGAAGCAAAUCGGCACCCGUGAUGAAGAAGAAGCAGAGACGAAACGGUAUCAAGAAGAGCAGGAACGACUGAUGGCAGAGGCCGCGGAGAGCAAAGAGGCGGCAAAAUCACGCGCGAGUAGCUGGCAGACAAUCCGAGGGGAAGAACAGACAGACUAUAGAGGAGAGGAUGAUAAUGAUAAUGAUGAUAGCGAGCUCGAAGACGAAAAACCCAUGAUUGUGUCUCAGGAAGAAGCAGGAUCACGGAGAGAUAGAGGAGAAGAGGGAGGAGGAGGGCCACGAAUGUCGAGUGGACAAAAGGCAGGCCUAUUGACAAGCCACGAGCUUAAGGCUGAAGCAGCAAGAGCACGAGAAUUGGAGCUCAAGGCACUGCAAAGGCUAAAAGAGGAUAGUCAAGGGCAGGGUACAGAAACAGUCUAUCGUGACGCUACAGGGCGAAAGAUAGACCCGAAGAUUAAAAAAGCUGAGGAGGCACGGGCAAAGAAGGAAGCAGACGAGAGAGAAUCAAGACGAAUGGAAUGGGGCAAGGGGCUUGUUCAACGUGAGGAAGCUCAAGCUGAAUUGAAGAGACUCAAAGAGGAAAAGGAUAAGCCGUUGGCAAGAUAUGUUGACGAUGAAGAUUAUAACCAAGGCCUUAAAGACAGAGAUAGAUGGAAUGACCCUGCGGCAGGUUUCUUGACUAAAAAAACCAAAGGUAAAUCAAGUGUUUCAAGACCCAGUUACAAAGGACCUUGGAAGCCAAACCGGUUUAUGAUUCCACCCGGUUAUCGGUGGGAUGGUGUGGACCGUUCGAAUGGGUUCGAGGACACCUUUUUGUUACAUUUGAACCAAAAGAAGUCUUUGGCAGCCGAAGCCCAUGCUUGGUCUACAGAGGAUAUGUAAAAAUAAAAUAAAAAGUAUUUAUUUAUUUAUUUAUUUAUUUAUUUAUUUAUGCAUUUAUGUAUUUAUGUAUAAUUAAUUAAUUAAUUAUAUGUACAAUAAUAUAUACAAGUAAUACUUUCCUGUCUAUUGUGAUUGUUUAUCUGUGGCAACUUGCACUCAUUCACACAUAUAUACAUAAUAUAAUCUGAUAUAAUAUAAUAU